CGGGGUUUAAAAGCCAAGUUGGGACCUGAGUUGGUACUCAGUUAAAUGCGCGUUAGACAGCGAUCUGAAAUCACUAUGUUGGUCCUCGCAUUUGUUGUGCUAGUCGUGGCUGCUCAAGUACAAGCUCUGCCCGCCGGAAUUGAUUCUGCUUCAAAGGAUGCCAAAUUGCCUGGGAUAUCGAAGCCUCCCACGCAGCAGCAGCUGAAUCCUCUGAAUCCUGAUGAAGUCACUCUGUUCACCAAUAUGUUCCUUAGCCUAUUCCGGGGCGUUGCGGACUACAGAAAUCUGGUAGCCGCCGAUUCUGUGCAAAGUGUUUGGCAGAGUCCGCCGGUGGUUGACUUUAGUCACCGACUCUUUGCCACCUAG